GCACUCGGCGCCAUCAGGCCUGCGGCUCCCGUCCUGGCCGUCCUGGGUGGAGAAGCUGGGCUGACCUGCCAUCUUUCCGCCCCGACGGACCCCGAACAAGUGGAGGUGAAGUGGCUGCGACCCCAACCCCCUCAGGUCGUGCACGUAUUUCGGGACGGGCAGGACCAGGAAGGAGAACAGGUGCCAGAGUACGGAGGGAGAACGGCGCUCGAGAAAGGCAGUCUCCUCGAGGGGAACGUCACCCUCAGGAUUCGGGAUCUCCGGCUCUCCGACCGAGGGGAGUACUGGUGUCUCGUUCAAGUUGACUCCACCAAUCAACAAAACGCCACGGUGGAGCUGGAGGUGGCAGUUCCAGUUUCCUCAAGACUCUCUCCCUCAGCCAUGGCUCUGGCUGUGAUCCUGCCUGCCUUGGGUCUGCUGAUAGUUGUGGGUAUUUACGUCCUCUGGAAACAACACAAAUCGAAAGAGACGCUUCUUUAUCAACAGGUGUUAGAGAUCGAGGAACUCCUCACUGACCACGGGAAAGAGAAAGGGAAACUCCACAGGACACUCAAGAAACUCCGGGGAGAGCUCAAGUUGAAAAGAGCAGCAGCGAACGCAGGCUGGAGAAGGGCCCGACUGCACCCUGUGGACGUGACCCUCGAUCCAGACACGGCUCAUCCCAAACUCGUCAUAUCUGAAGACCGGAGAUGGGUGAAACACGGAGACAAGCGGCAAGACGUGCCCGACAACCCUGAGAGAUUCGAUUACGUGGUCAGCGUCCUGGGGUCUCAGCGCUUCACCGCGGGGAGCCAUUACUGGGAAGUGCACGUGGGCAACAAGACCAAAUGGAUCCUGGGAGUCUGCAGCGAGUCAGUGAGCAGGAAGGGGAAGAUCACCGCAUCCCCUCUGACCGGGCACUGGGUUGUGCGGCUGAGCCGCGGGAACGAGUACGAGGCCCUCACCUCCCCCCAGACCCCUUUCCGCCUCAAGAAUCCUCCCCGCCGGGUGGGAAUCUUCCUGGACUACGACGCCGGGGUGGUCUCCUUCUACAACGUGACCGACGAGACUCACAUCUACACAUUUACCUACUCCUUCUCCGGCCCCCUCCGCCCUUUCUUUGAGCCUUGUCUUCACGACGAGGGCAAGAACGCAGCUCCUCUGAUCAUCUGUCCGGUGUCCCAGGAGUCCGAGGAACUUGCUAGAGGCCCCAGCCCUUCCCUGGAAGCCCCCUGGGGGAUGGGAAAGAAGGUCUCUCUGGGGACCGAUGGACCACUGGCCCCUCCUCGCCCGGCGCCAGAUCGAUAUCCGCUCAAGGAUAUGAUCCUUUCUUGGCCCUCUGACCUCGCUCCGGCCCUGCAGAGUUUCAGGGCCCCGUCCUUUUAGGGGAACGAUCAUUCCUUGUCCUUCUGACCUUCCUCUGGCCCAUCACAAGCCCCAGUGCCAGGAAGGGCAACGGCCACUUACCAGGAGGAGCCCAACAGGCCGUGAGGCGUUCUCUUUCUCUUAUCUGGGAAUAGGCACCUCUGAGGAAAGGGAGCCUUUCCAGACUAAUGAUCUUAGCUCAUGCUUCCCUUCGCCCCAUGGCGAGAGUUGUGGGAAUAUUCAUUCAUUCCAUAGUAUUUAUUGAAUGCUUACUAUGUGCAGAGCACUGUACUAAGCGCUUGGAAUGUACAAUUCAAGCAACAGAGAGAGACAGCCCCUGCCCCGUGACAGGCUAUCGUUCAGGGAUCCGACUCCUGGAAGAAUGGAAAGGAGCUCAGGUAAGGGAACGCUGGUGUUUCUCUCCUGGAAGAGGCAGGAGAGAUAUCCGGGGGUCACCCAGGGCUCCGAAUGAAUAACUCGGAGAAAGAGUUUUGGAGAUUAGCGAUGCCUGGGUGGUGUCUGACCUUUCCUCGGCUACAGUCAGUCUAAAGGGGUUUUCCGCCACAGGCGAACACCCCGUGAGUCCUAGGGCUCCCUCCUCCCUCCACCAACUUACAGCCAAGGCUUUAAUUGCCCAGAAGAUCCUAGAUCUCAGUUUGAAAUGGCACUUUUCUGUAUUUUCUACCACCUCCUUUUUUUCUAGGACAGACUAGAAGACAGGACCCCCACCCAGUUGGGCAAAUUUUAGCUCAGAAGAUUUUUCCGCCCACCUCCCCUCUUCCUUUCCCUUCCCCCAGCUACACGACAUCAGUUUUCUUUACUCCUGCCCGGAGUCAAUUGUUACUUUCCCCCUGGGUGAGUGGUUAUUUUCAAUGCUGAGUUAAGAUCAAAUGCAGAUUUGCCAAGACUUAUUCUAUUUUUGUAUAAAACCAAAUGUGUACAUUGUCAAAAUGCUGCUUCCCAAAAGGACCAAAA